AUGGGUAUGGUGCAAAAACAAGGAAACUGGGCUGCGUAUGAAAUCAAGCGAAGAGACGUCGAACACCGCUCCGAAGGCAAGAGGCGGAAGUGGUUUUUGCAUCAAAUCAUGAGCGGUGACGAAAAAUGGAUCCACACCCGACAACCCGAAGCAAAAAAUGGAUCCACACCAACUUCGCGAUGUCAGCCCAGCCAUGCAUCAACUUUAACGGUCAAACCGAAUAUUUAUGGCAAGAAGCUAAUGCUGUGGAUCUAG